UACACGGCCGUCGGGCAGAGCAGUCCGUGAUUUAGUUUAGCUAACCACGGUUAGCUGGAACUGUUCUAAACGUCCAGCAGGCUGUAGUCUUACUGUUUUUUAUGACAACGACGUAUGCAGAAGAGUCAACAAAUUCACAAUGAGUCUGUCAGAGCCUCCCAGCAGAGAAGACCGAGAGGAAGAGGAGGGAGGAAGACGGGAGGACGCCCCUCUGGUGGCCCUCGCACCUGAUGUCUCUCUCCCAGAAGAGCAGCCUUCUGCUAGUGUCACUGUUUCUGAUAGUCCUGCUUUCCAUUGCCUAAAUGAGUUGUUGUCUCUGGGCAAGAUCAGUCAGAUCAAAGCAGCCAAAAUGAAAGCCAGCUACAAGCUGCUGCAUGACACUUUAAAGAGUACUCAGGACUCUGAGAUUCAGCUCCUGAGAGAGGCAAAGAGGUGCCGUGCUGAGCUGGAGAAGCUGCGAGCUGAGGUGGCGAAAACAGAGGAGCAGAGCACCUCAGAGCAGCCUGAAAGUGAGGUCAACAAACUGAGGCAAGAGCUACUCCAGGCAUACAAUGAACUGAAAGCUGCUGAAGACCGAGAAUACAAGGCACAACUCAGGCUGAAAUGUCUCUGGGAAGAGAAGCACUAUCUGGAGAAAGAGAAUGAGACUGAGCCAGAACCUGCUGAGCUGGAGAACAGAGCAAGGUUCCUGCAUGAGAAGUAUGGGGAUCUGAAGAAAGAGGUGACCCAGAGACAACUGGAAGUCAGGCGUCUGACAGAAGAUGUGGCAGCCCAUGAAAUGCAGAUACUAAAAGAACAGAAAGAGCUGGAGCAGCAGAAGGAGAUCAUAAAGCUCAAAGAGGCUGAAAAAGCUCAGCUCAUCAGCAUCCCUGACCAGAUUUUAAAGAUGAUUGAGAGGAAGUCCUCUAACAGGGAUGCUGCGAUGAAGAAGAUUGAAGCACUAUGUAUGGAGAUCUCCGAAGUGAAGCAGCAAGUUAAGGAAGUGGAAGAACGUAACCACUCUCUCAGGAUGAAGAGGGAAGAGGCGAUAAAGGAUGUUGAGGGUCUCAGAGCCCAAGUAGAGGUCAGUCAGAAGGAGGUCAGACAGCUGGUGAAAGAGCAAGAAGUCAACAGGGAGCAGGAGGCUGAAUUAACAGGGAACAGAGGAAUCCUGGAAAUGAAGUUGAAAAACAUCAUGUUUGACAGAAAGCACCUAUAUGAGAGCCAGUGUAUACAGCUCAGAGAGAAGAACAGGCAAAUGCAAGCCCUCAAGAGGAUGGAGCACGCAUUGACCAUGGCUACUGAGCAACUAGAUUUCACACAAUCUGUCUACAAUGACCUAGAGGCAAAGUUAGACGCUGUUCCCAAAAGAGAGGCCAGUAUUCAGCAGAGGAUGGAGCUUCAGAAAGAAGUAGACGCUCUCAAAGUCAGCUUUGAAAAACAGAAAUUAGCAUCUGAGAAGGAAAGCCAGAAGAAGCAGCAGUUUGGAAUCAUUCAGGAGCUGCUGAAGGAGUCAGACCGCCUCAGGAAAGAACUUCAUAACCUUAGAUGCUUGACACAGAUCAAAGUGGAAGAGAGGGGCAAGAAGCAUCGUGAACUGCUUAGGGCAGAGCAAAUGAACCAGCACAUUCAGCAUGAGUUGCGAGAAAAAGACCUGAUCAUCAUGGACCACAACAAGCUGAACACUACACUACAUUGCAGAAUAUCACAGUAUACUAAACUGUGCAACAUGAUAAUGGAGGAGAAGAAUAAGUACAUAAAGCUGAAGCAGAUCGCCUCGCAGACCAUCACAGAGUUGAUGGAGCAGGAUAAAGUCCUGGAAAAUGAGAUGGAGAUCCAACGUACCAUUUUAAUCAGCAAAGACAGGUCACUCACGAAAUCACGUAUGAAGCUCUCUAAUAGCUCUAGAAUGAAGGAGAAACUCCACAAUGAUGUCUGCCAGGUUGCGUGGCAGCACCGUCAGAUCAGUCAGCUGUAUGACGAUAACAAAUUAGAAUUGACGAAACUCACACAAAUGAUCGACCUCCAGGAGAAGGCGCUAAUAGAACUGAAUAAGGGUCAUGAAACUGCCACUCAACGACGCAACUUUCUUGGCGUUCAGCUGCUGGAACAGGAGGAGGUGUUGUUUAACUACCAUGAGAAGGUGAACAUCCAGGAGGCAGCCAUUGCGAAGGGCAACAUGGCAUUAGAGCAGCUGGAGAAGGAGAUAAAUGACUUACAGUUAGCCAUUACUGAGGAGAAGAGACAGAUAGACGUGAAGAAGAAGCAGGUGCCCAUCAAGAGAAAGCUGGAGGGGGAGGUCACCAUGCUGCAGAUUGAGCUCUCAGAAGCCAGGGAUAAGACACUUGAAGGUUUGGAUCGAACUGUUGAUUACAAAGAGCUUAAAGGCAAAGAUCCAUCAACUUUACAACUGGUCAAGAAAAUUGAACAGCUUGAGGUCAAUCUAGCCGAGCGCGAAAGGCAGUUGCUGGAAAAAGAACUCCUCCUGGACCAGGUGACCCGGCUGCUGAAGCCACUGAGCGAGCAGGCUGAGAACUGCCAACAGGACAGACUCUCUCUGGCAAAGAAGUUAAAUCAACUCCGCAUUGACAUAAAUGAUACCAACCAGAGGCUGAUGGCUGUCUCUGCCGAACUCUCCGUGAAGCAAGCCGUUGCUUUGUCUCAACAACAAGAGAUCAAGGAGAAGGAGCUUCAGAUGGACAGGUGCCAGCGGCGGCUGGAGGAGGGCCGGUCUCCUUGCCCUGAGAUAGAAGAGGAGUGGAGGAGGAUGCUUCGGGACAAGAAGAGGAGGCAGCGAGACAAAGAGGACAGAGAGAGGCUGGCUGAAGAAGAUGAGUGGAACCAGUUGCCUAAUGGACAGUACACCACUGCUGAAACCCGGCCCAACGCCUACAUGCCCCCGAGUGACUCGCUCCCUCUGGCCAAACCCUACGGAGCCCAGGCCCCGUUCAAACCCUCCCAGCCUGGAGCCAACAUGAGACACAUCCGCAAACCCACCCUCAAGGCUUUAGAGAUAUAGAGGACCGCAAGCAUGAACUCCCAUUCAGAUGAGUGUAGAAUCAUAGCUGUUUGUUCAGUUCAAAGUAAAAGAGCUGCUGUGA